AUGAGCGUCGAGCGGGAAGAACUCGCAGCGCUCUUGCGCACUUGCGGCAUUGCCAGGGAUCUUGGGCAGGCCAGGCGGCACCACGUGAGGAUUCUGUCGAGCAGCAGCCAUCGCAGCGAUAGAUUUCUCUUGAAUUUGGCGGUGCAAAUGUAUGGGAGGUGCGGUGAUCUCCAGAGCGCGAAGGAGGUUUUCAAUUCCAUUGCGCAGCCCAAUGCCUUCUCCUGGAACAUCAUGAUCUCCGCUUGUGCUCAGAAUGGCCGUGCUGAGGACGCGAUGCUCGCGUUCCAGAAGAAUCCUCACAAAAACCAAGUUUCCUGGAAUGCAUUGAUCACGGCGUUUGCCGAGAACAGCAAUCUCCACGCAGCAAGAGAGAUUUUUGAGAGGAUACCUGAGCUCAGGAGCGUUCUCUCUUGGAACAUCAUGAUCUCUGCCUACGCACGGUGCGGACAAUUCUUCCAAGCGAAGGACUUGUUUGAUAGAAUGGAGAUCCGAGACACUGUUUCCUGGAACAUCAUGAUCCAAGCUUACAGUAACUUUGGAGAUCUUUCCGGGGCAGAGCAAUUGUUUCGAUCAAUGCCAGAUCGCGACACUGGAUCUUGGAAUUCCAUACUUACAGCAUAUGCAAUUUCUGGACAUUUGGAAAAGGCCAAGCAAACGUUUGAUAGAACACCUGAGAGGGAUCUAAUUACCUGGAACACAAUGAUAGCGGCUUUUCUUCGAUACAAUGACAUGGACAACGCUAUUACCAUGUUUCAAAGGAUGCCACGGUUGGACCUGGUGACGUGGAAUGCCAUGGUACAAGCGUUUACACGCAAUGGGCAUCUAGAAAGUGCUAAAAGAAUCUUCAACACAAUGCUGGAAAGGGAUAUAGUUUCCUGGAAUCUUAUUCUCCAGCUUUAUUCUCAAACAUUAAAGAUAUCUAAAACACGUCAGUGGUUUGAUUCCAUGCCCGAGCACAACACAGCAUCUCUCACGAUUAUGCUUACAGCAUAUGCCGCUGACGGGCAUCUACGUCAAGCACGAAAUGUCUUUGACUGCAUGCCAGCUCGGCGAUUAGUAACAUGGAAUGCCAUGAUGGCAGCUUACGUGAACUCAAAAGAUCAAGCCAGUUCACUCGAUUUGUUUCUAGAAAUGCCUCAACGGGAUAUUGCUUCAUGGAAUGUGGCUCUUCAAGGAUUUGCCCAGGCAAGGCAUCUGGAACAUGCUUUUGGCAUUUUUCACGAGAUGCCCGAGUGGGACAUAGUAUCGUGGACUGCAUUGCUAGGAGCUUAUGCACUCGCAGCUAUGGUGGAAGAGGCCACGGCGGUGUUUGAUCAGAUGCCGGAGCACGAUUCAAUCUCAUGGAGCGCAAUGGUGGGUGCCUAUGCGUCAAGUGGAAUGAUCGCCCAUGCCAAGAGAUUGCAUGAUUUGAUGCUCGAUCGGAGCUUGGCAUCCUGGAAUGCAAUGCUUGCUGCUUAUGCACAAACAGGGGCUCUCUUAGAAUCGAGGCGAUUCUUUGAUUCUAUGCCAGAAUUAGAUGAAAUAUCGUGGAAUUCAAUGCUGGCAGCAUUCGUCUAUGCGGGUAAUGGUGGAUGCGCUUUGGAAUUUUUGCAGGAGAUGGCUGUGAAUGCCGUGAGUGCCAAUGGGAAGACAUUUGCGAUGGUGCUGUGCGUGUGCGAUCACAUUGGGCUGCUUAAAAGAGGGCGGAGGGAAUUCAGCAGAAUGCUUUUCGACUAUGCAAUUCAUCCCAAUAUUGAGCAUUUUGGAUCUAUGGCAGAUAUUUUAGGGAGGAGUGGUAUGUUAAGUGAUGCUAAAGAGCUUGUUUACACAAUGCCUUAUCAACCAGACAUUGUUUCAUGGGGGUCAUUACUUGGAACCUGUAAAAUAUUGUAA